AUGACCCCUUAUCCUCAAGGGAAUCCGGAAACUUCAAAUUGCAACAAGAAUGAUUCAACAUUAAUUUCGAACGAUGUUGAUGAUGAUUACAUAAUACACACUUCAUCUAUUCGACUACCUUUUAUUGCUGCUGGGUUAGUGAACGCUGCAGUCGCUGAACUGUUAAAUCAACUAUCAUGUCGAUUUUUUGAAAUGGCUAUAAUCACUUCGAAAAUUGCAGACAGUCAGAAAAAUUCGUUAGUAAAGCAAAAGGAUCAAGAAGAUAUCGAGAAUGAUGCGCAAAAUACAUACAGUAAUAGUAAUUCAUCGAUUUUUCCACAAAAUGAAGGACUUACUACUACACAAGGUCAAUCAGAGUUACAGAAAAAAAUGCGAAUGGAUUUAGAUAAUCUAAGUGGUCUAUCACCUGACCAAAUGCCCACUUUACAACUGAAUAAUCAAGAUGUAUUCACCGCUCCGCUUCACCCUCCUCAUCCUGGUACUAUAGCUGUUUCAUCAUCUUCUUCUCUUUCCAUAUCUUCGACGAUUUCUUUGUUUACAAGCUCUUCAGAAAAUUGUAACACUCUCUCAGAAAUAAUGAAGAUUAAAGAAGAAUCAGAAGUGGGAUAUCCACUAGAAUUGAGCAUUGAUCGUGGAGAUACCAGUAAUAAUAAGAAUGACUAUUCUACACAUGCUAAUAACUUUGUAAGUAAUCAAAUCAAUGAUCAAUAUCAAUGCCAACAAAAUCAUCAAUCUAAUUUAGCACGUAUUGCUACAGUGGAUUAUUUAAAACGUCAUCCUUGUACUUAUCGUGGUUGUGGUAAAGUGUUUUUCAGUCGAACAAGUCUUAUAUAUCAUAAACAAAGUCAUGCAAUUGAAAAACCAUACAAAUGUACAUAUCCUAAUUGUGGUUUAACAUUUUGUAAUGAGGCUUUAUUAAAAACACAUAUACAAUUACAUGAACCAAAACAAUUACGUGAACGUUUCUCAUGUACAUUACCAGGAUGUAAUAAGGUAUUUGUUACACGUGAAUGUCUUAUAGAACAUAUACGUAUACAUACUGGUGAAAGACCAUUUAUUUGUGAUUAUCCAGGAUGUACACAUCGUUUUGCUAGACGAUGUAAUUUAUUCGCACAUAAACGUGUACAUUUAGAUAAAAAUCAACGUCGUCAAUAUCAUUGUAUACAUGCAGGUUGUGGUAAAACAUUUUUAUAUUCACGUAGUUUAACUGAACAUAUGAAUGUACAUUUAGGUGAACGUCCAUAUGUUUGUGAUUAUCCAGGAUGUGAAAAAAGUUUUACAAGUAAAAGUUAUCUUUAUGCACAUAGAAGAAUACAUUUAAGUGGUAUAGAUAAAUCAAUCAAUGCUACAUGUUCUUCAUCAUCUAGUAAUCAACAAUUUGAUUAUAAUAAUACUUCUAUUACUACUACUAAUAACAAUAA